GGUGGACGGGGGCUUGCGGUACCGUGGGCCGCUGCCGCUGCCGCUGCCAGAAGCCCCGCGACCACGAUGCCGGCCACGUCCCCGCUGCUGUCGCUCCUGCUGCCGCUCGUGCUGGUGGCCGGCGCGCCGGUGCGCUACGACCAGCGCCAGGAGGGCGACUUCAACGUGCACGCGCACCUCGAGAACUUCGUGGUCGUGCUCAUCCCCACGGCCGGCAGCAACGGCGGGCUCGGCAUCCUCGACUUCCUCAAGAAGUCCGGCGCCAACGUGCGCACCGCCGAACAACCCAUACAGGUCACUGUAGUGGAGGGCCCGCCGAAGGAUCAGCAGCAGCGUCAGGAGGAUCCCCAGCAAGAACCGCAGCAGCAGCGCGAGGGGGAGGAGGACCUGCAGGCGGCGGGCACGCAGGCGCUGGAGGCGGUGCUGGUGGCAGAGUCGCCGGCGCUGGUGCUGUCCAGGGCGGCCACCGGACACCAGGGGCAGCCGCCGCUGGAACAGCACGCGGCCGCAGAGCACGUGUCCACUCAGAGGAGGGAAGGCAAGGCGGUGCGCGAAGGUGCCGGUACCGGAGGCUGUCCACAGGGCCAGUUCCGCGAUGCCACCGGCGUCUGCCAUUACAUCGGGUCUGAUCAGCGAAUUGGCGACCAGUCUUUCUUCGGUUUGGAGCCUCCUUUGGAAGACUAAGUCCUCAAAGCUACGAAGCCUGGCUACGAGCUAUCCGCAGGAGCACAAAAAACUAGCAACAGCAUAUUCCACAGUAGCUGUUGUGCUUCCGGGGUUUAUUACAGCAGGGCGAGUUCAGAAGAAGUGGCAGAAGCCGUAAGGAAAAUCUAGUUAGACAGACGUUUAGCUGUCUACUGGUGCAAUGACUGGGCGUGCGGAUUUCACGAAGGGAAGGAGGUGUAGGUUGUUGUAUUGUUUCCACUAUACAGAAAUGAUCCAAGUGAUUUAAUUCAUGUAACUCCUUCAGUGAUGGCAAAAAUGCUUUUAUUUAUUGUGUAGUGUAGUGAUGUAUUUUGUUCAAUAAAAGUAAGAACAUUUUUUGUUCA